AAGGAAACCUUCCGAAAGCAAACUUCAAUCUGGGCCAACUGAACGCCCUCUUCUCCAAACACGGCCUGGCCCAAACCGACAUGAUAGCCCUCUCCGGAGCCCACACCAUAGGGUUCUCACACUGCGACCAGUUCACGAACCGCUUAUACUCCUUUUCGCGCUCCUCUCCCGUGGACCCCACACUGGACCCCACCUACGCCGGAAAUUUGAUCGCUCAGUGUCCUCGUAAUAGCGACCCCAGCGUAGUGGUUCCCCUGGACCCGCAAUCCCCUGUGGCCUUCGACAACGUUUAUUACACGAACUUGAUGUCGGGACAAGGGUUACUAACCUCGGACCAGGUGCUGUUCACGGACGCUGCGUCGCAGUCUACGGUGGUGCGGUUCGCGAGAAACGGUGCGGACUUCAAUGAAGCGUUUGUGGCAGCCAUGAGGAAGCUUGGAAGGGUUGGGGUCAAGACUGGGAAAAAUGGAGAGAUUAGGAGAGAUUGCACGUCGUUUAAUUCAAAAACUGUGAAGGGUUAGUUUGUGAAAGUGGAUUCGUUGUUGAAUAAUGUUUACCAUGGAAAGGUUCACGUAAAUAAGCUUUCAUUUGCA